UUAGCUCAGAUUUUGGUUUCUUCUAGUUUAGUGUUCUUUGAAAGGUCAUGGUCACCUGUGAUUCUGAUCUUAGGUACCCAUGUCUUUCUUCUGUUAGUGAUCAUUUAUGCUCCAUUAUUGGUAACUCUAGUCAAGAAUUCUUUAAGUCUAUUUAUAUUUUCUGACUAUAUCCAAGGGAUUUUAAUAUAUUACUAGUGCCACAACUACAGUCAAGGCCAAGAUUUUUCACACCUGGAUUUCUUCAACAACUUCCUAAACAUUUCUCUCGCCUCUGGUCCAAGGCUGACAUAACAGGACUGCUAUAAGGUUCCUUUUUCUAGUGAAAAUACAGUCAUUAUAUCCCUGUAACAAAUUCCUCAAAAGAAUCCCAUUGUCUUCAUGGCACAUUCCAAGCAUUUUCUUUGCCCUUCAAGACUUUUCAUCAUGUGGCCCCAUUUUUGUGCUCCUACACUUGACAUUUUAUGCCUACCUCAUCACAUGGUGCAUAGAGAUGUAUAUAUCUCUUUAUUUUUACAAUAGAUUGAGAGGACCCUGAAAAUAUUCUAGAACUACAUCAUAAUCAUCUUUGUAUUCUCAUACCCUACAGUAGAGAUAAUAUAGCAGGGAUUCAGUAAAUAUUUACCAAAUUAGCAAAUCAUUUUUGAGCUGGAAGUUCUUUCGUUUGUAGAAGACAGAAACAUAUUUAAUUAUAUAAAGUGAAUUAAAGAUAUAGACACCCUCAGAAAAAUGCUAAGCAUUAUAUAGUUAUAUGUAUUUAAUCCUUGCUUAUAUAUAACCUUUUUUAUAAUUAUUCAUAGUAUAUAUUGGGAGAGAUAUUCACAAGAAAGCAUAAAUGGUCCAACUUUUUGAGAGUCUGUGUUAUGAAUGAGCUUUUCACCCUCUGCCACAUCUGCUUUUCUACCCAUGUUUCCACCCAGAAUUUUUAGAGGUGUUUAGAGAUGUUUAGUUUUCAAUGAUUACAUCUGUUCUGCCCUUUGCUACUAGAUACCAGAGCUGUGUCUUUGGUUUUAGAGUAAGAUUGAGAAGGAAAAAUAUAAAUAUAAUAUAAUCAGUAAUCUCGUCAGAAGUUGUAUCAAAUCUACUUUAGGAGAUAAAACAUCUAGGGAGUUACUUUUCACACAGACAGAAACCAUGACAGAAUAUUCCUACCUUUAUGAUUCCUCUUUCUACAAAAUAUAGUUCUGUAACAGAUGAUUUUUAUUAAUCAAGAGAGUAAAAAUAAAUUGAAUAGAGAACAAGAGGACUUUUUUAAGUAGAGCCAAAAAAGAGGAAAUUUAUCAAAUUUAUCAAACCAUGUUAUACACAUCACUAAAACAAUAAAGUCUUCAAUUGAGCAGAUUUGGAAAAAAUUGAUAUAUGAGAAGUAUUACAACAUAAAUCUGAAAUUUAUAAGAAAACAUGAAAUUUCAUAAGUAAUUAUGUGAUGUUACAGCACACGGAAUGUUAAACAAUUGACAGCACCAUAGGACUCAUCUACUAUACUAAUUUUUUGUUUUUGUUUCUCAGAAAAAUAUAUUUUCUAUUUAACCCAGAAGUUGUGGGGAAAGAAAAGGAGAGGAGAAAGGACCUAAUAAAAUAUGUCUUGACUCUAACCUUGACCACAGCUUAAACCUGUGGAACUCAUCUUAUUCCUAAAGUUGGGCUUUCUAAUAAGAAAAAAAUAUAAGCAUCUUUAAGGAGCUAGAAGCUCCCUGUACAAACUAGCCCAUGUCCAUUAUUAUAAUAUAAUUUAUUGCUAUCCUCACCUUGUGCAAUACUUUCUCACAUAUACCCUACCCUUUCCUUCUGCAGACAUUUUCCUAGUUUAUUUUGCCUAGAUCAUUCUUCCCUCAGAUCUUCAUAAAGUUGACUCGUUCUCAUCAUCAUAUCUCAACUUAAGUGCCACCUUCUCAGAGAGAGAGAUCAUCCCCAACCUCCCUUGUUAAAGGAAUAUCCCUCAGUUACCAUCUGUAUUAUAUCCAGUUCUCACCUUUGUGAUCUAGGUUGUGCCUUUUGGUCAAGAAGAACCUAGACCUUCCUCUAGGAUGAACAGCUGUUAUUGUGAGAACCAGGACUAGUAUUCUGGUUAACUGGGUAUGCUUCACCCCUUUUGGAAUCUGUGUAAAGAUUACAGUUUAAGGAGAAUUUCAAAAAGAAAAGUCGGUAGAAUGGAAACAUCUGGUUCAGGAUGAAAGUCUGAAUUUGCAAUCAACAUUGACAUGGAGGCACAAGAAUAGAAAAGAAAAAAAUUGAUAUAUGAGAACUUGAGGAGAACUUGAGGAAAAGUAUCACUUACAUAUCUUUUUUAAACUGUCUCAAAAUAUUUUUCCUAUGUAAUCUCUUUUGGUUAAAACAAGCUAGUAAUUAAUUGAAUAUGGUGCAGUGCCUGAUCCCCGAUCAUCAUAUCACCUGUAGAUGAAUGACCAAGGCAAUCCAUGAGCAGUUUAUAAAUAGCUUGGUAUGGUCAGAGUUGUGUUAAAUGCUGGAUGGGACACAAACAUUCACUUAUUUAUUAAAAAGACAUUUAUUGUGGUCCAAACCUGUGGACACUAAAUCCCAAUCUCAGCACUCUUGAACCUUUUAGACUAGACUGAUUGAGAGAGAAGGUCCCAUCCCAGAAGCCAGUUCAUUAGGCGAAACAAGAAGAAUGUAUGUAAUGUUAACAGAAAAAAUAUAAAGAUCUAUAUUGGUAUGAUAUGAGCCAGAAUAAUUGAGGAUUUUAACACAGAAAAGCAUUUCAAAGAACUCAAAGAAGAAACCAAGAUUUGAAUUCUGGCUAUCUGCAGAAUGAUAGUGCCCCUGCCAGAGAAGGCACCUGGAGAAAUUCAAAGUGACAUCUAAGAGGAGAUAAGGAGGUCUGUUUCAAGUAUUACAUAUUUUGAGUUAUCAAAACUAUUAUAUAGUUUGACUUAUCACUGACCAGUGAGUGAAAAUGGACCAUGAAAUGGCCAUCCAAGCAGCCCUGGAUCUGGGGAGGUUUUGUGUUGGAGAUACAGCUUUUAAAAUGAAGCGAUGUGAAGUAAGCGUAGCAUGGUAUCUGGAACUUAAUAGGAAUUCAAAAUAUGUCUGAUGCUAGAUUAUUAGCAUAGAAUUCAGUUUUAAAUAAUGACUAGAUGGGGGAGGGGAUGCAAGCUAAAUGGUCAGAAGGGGCUGGAUUGGGGGCAGAGCGAGUGUGCUCUAGUGAACAAGAAAUCAGAAAUGUUGACGCGUGCAACCACAUCCCCAUAUAACUAACCGGUAUUGAAGAAUCACUGCUUAGGAUGAGUGAGUUAGAGAAAAAGAACAGAUUUCAUUGGCAGAAUGAGAAAAAUUUAAACGAACGUACUUGGAAAUCUACUCCCCCUCCUAACCCUAUGACAGAACACCUAGUCAUCAGGUUAAGUCAGGCACCAGAGCAGAAGAAAACAAAGCGUGCUCAACUCAACUGGCUGCAGCGCCUUCCAAAUAAAAGACCAGCUGCCCUUUCUUCCCUCCCCACCUUGCAAGGGUCCUCAGUCCCGUCCUGGGCUUAAAUCGCACACCUCGGAAGUUUUGUAUUAGAGAGCCCAGCAGGGGAGGAAAUUUUCCGCAAGAAAGUAGAACUAGGGCAGUCCGAGGAGAUUGAAAGGGCAAAACUAUCAAGCAAGAAAACUGUAAGUUCUGAUUAGUUUUAUGACUUUGCCUUCAUGCCUCAGGAGCUCAAUUGAUCAUGGCUUCCAAGACAGGCUAAGAGUAGGGGUUUGGGAGAUGGGGAGAAGCUUGAAAAAACUCUCAAAACUCUCCUCCAGCUCCGUGCUUUCAAAUGCAAAUACCUCGCGAAGAGAUGGAUGGGCUGCAGCCCCUCCUUCUUUCAACCCUCUUCUUUAUUUUCCUGCGAAGGAAUCCAUCUGCACAGAUCUGUCAGGAGGGAGGUGGAGGAGGGUGCGCGUUUGUGCGCGCGCGUGUGUGUGCGCGCGUGUCGGCUGAGCGGUUCCCUCUUCGCGUUCUUUUCCAAUAGCCCUCAUUGGAUCUCCGAGGGGUACAGAAGUCUCAGUGGCUCCCUGGGCCGGCCUCGAACGGUGCUGACAGCGGGCGCCCCCGGCGGACCAUCAUCACCCUCUUCCACUCCGUCUUGGCUCUGGGUCCCCGGCGAGCUCUCUCCUUGUCGCCGGUGCUCGCCCUCUUGCCCUCUCGCCGGACGCGCGCUCCCGCUGGCGCCGGACCUGGUGUCCGCCUCUCCGGAGAGUCGGAGGGACCCCUCGCAGCCUGCAGAGGCAGCUGGUCCGGGGCGCCGAAGGCCAGGGCAGGGUCCCCCGCGCACCGCGGAGUGGGCUGUGAUUGGAGGAAGAGCCGGUGCCGGGCGGGCCCCAGCGGGUACAGAGCAGGUGCCUCCAGUCCGCCCAGCGCGCCAAGCUGCGCGCGCUGAGUCCUGAAGCGCCCACGGGCGCCCGGCAGGGGAGCGCACGUCCUUUUGGAUGCAAACGUCCGGAUCCGGGGCGUCUGACGCCGCUGGGAGGGCAACGAGGCCCCAGUAUUCUGCUGAUAUGGUGCUUCUGCGUCCUGCUUCCCCUCCGACUGGCUGUACCUUAGGUGCGCGCUGGGAAAAGGGCGUCCUGCUUCUCUGAAUGCAUGGUGGACUUCUUCGUGGGUGCACAUGGUACAUCGCUAGUUGCUGGUAUACAACCUUCCAAUGUGGAUUAAUGAGAAAAGACCUAUUACUCUGUUCCACUUCACGUUUUAGAUGGUUAACCCUACGGAUCUCUUAGAUGUCAGAGUUCAGGUACCUAUUACACCAUUCCUUGGCGAAGGCUAUUCAGCAGUGGUGACCUCUUCCACUCCAACACUCUACAAAUUAUUAUCUCUGGACUCCCAGCUGACACCCUGCCGGAGGCAAAAGCUACUAAGCCAACUGGAACUGUGCCUUUUCCUUUGUCAAGGUUUUUUUCUUACACAGGAAAAAGAAAGAAAAAAAAAAAGAUGAAGUUGGGCAAAGUGGAAUUCUGCCAUUUUCUGCAGCUAAUAGCUCUUUUCCUGUGUUUUUCUGGGAUGAGUCAAGCAGAACUCUCAAGGUCCAGAUCAAAGCCCUAUUUCCAAUCAGGGAGGUCCCGGACGAAGCGCAGCUGGGUGUGGAAUCAGUUCUUUGUGCUGGAGGAAUACAUGGGUUCAGACCCCCUCUAUGUAGGAAAGCUUCACUCUGAUGUUGAUAAAGGAGAUGGUUCCAUCAAAUACAUCUUGUCAGGCGAAGGGGCAAGUUCCAUUUUCAUUAUUGAUGAGAACACGGGGGAUAUUCAUGCUACCAAGAGACUGGAUCGGGAGGAGCAGGCCUACUACACGCUCCGAGCUCAAGCGCUGGACAGGCUUACCAACAAACCCGUGGAGCCAGAGUCUGAGUUUGUCAUCAAAAUUCAGGAUAUCAAUGACAAUGAACCUAAAUUUUUGGAUGGUCCAUACACUGCAGGAGUUCCAGAAAUGUCUCCUGUGGGCACCUCAGUAGUCCAAGUGACAGCGACAGAUGCUGAUGAUCCUACAUAUGGCAACAGUGCUAGAGUGGUCUACAGUAUUCUUCAAGGACAGCCAUAUUUCUCAGUGGAACCAAAGACAGGAGUCAUCAAGACUGCCCUUCCAAACAUGGAUAGAGAGGCUAAAGACCAGUAUUUGCUUGUUAUUCAGGCAAAGGAUAUGGUUGGUCAAAAUGGAGGACUGUCGGGAACCACAUCAGUCACCGUGACCCUAACUGAUGUCAACGAUAACCCACCUCGCUUUCCUCGAAGGUCUUACCAAUAUAACGUCCCUGAAUCAUUGCCUGUAGCCUCAGUUGUGGCCAGAAUUAAAGCUGCAGAUGCAGAUAUUGGAGCUAAUGCUGAAAUGGAAUACAAAAUUGUGGAUGGUGAUGGAUUAGGGGUUUUCAAGAUUUCUGUUGACAAAGAUACACAAGAAGGAAUCAUUACCAUACAGAAGGAACUGGAUUUUGAAGCCAAAACAAGUUAUACACUACGAAUAGAAGCUGCAAAUAAGGAUGCUGACCCUCGCUUUCUAAGCUUGGGGCCAUUCAGCGACACGACAACAGUGAAGAUAAUUGUGGAAGAUGUGGAUGAGCCCCCUGUGUUUUCAUCGCCCUUGUACCCCAUGGAGGUGUCGGAAGCCACUCAAGUUGGAAAUAUCAUUGGCACCGUAGCGGCUCAUGACCCAGAUUCUUCCAACAGCCCUGUGAGGUAUUCAAUUGACAGAAACACAGACUUGGAGAGAUACUUCAAUAUUGAUGCCAACAGUGGAGUUAUUACAACUGCCAAAUCUUUGGACCGAGAGACAAAUGCUAUACAUAAUAUCACAGUCCUUGCAAUGGAGAGCCAGAAUCCAUCUCAAGUAGGAAGAGGCUACGUGGCCAUCACUAUACUUGACAUUAAUGACAAUGCCCCUGAAUUUGCCAUGGACUAUGAGACCACUGUCUGUGAAAAUGCCCAGCCAGGGCAGGUCAUUCAGAAAAUCAGUGCAGUUGAUAAAGAUGAGCCAUCCAAUGGACACCAGUUUUACUUCAGCUUAACAACGGAUGCAUCAAAUAAUCACAACUUUUCAUUGAAAGACAACAAAGACAACACCGCCUCAAUACUAACCAGAAGAAAUGGAUUCAGGAGACAAGAGCAAUCAGUUUACUAUCUGCCGGUUUUCAUUGUGGACAGUGGAUCCCCUUCACUUAGCAGCACCAACACCCUCACUAUCCGUGUCUGUGACUGUGAUGCCGACGGCAUAGCCCAGACCUGCAAUGCAGAGGCCUAUGUCUUACCUGCUGGCCUCAGUACGGGAGCCCUGAUAGCAAUACUCGCCUGUGUCUUGACAUUAUUGGUGUUGAUCCUCCUCAUCGUCACUAUGAGAAGACGGAAAAAAGAACCCCUUAUUUUUGACGAAGAGAGAGAUAUCAGAGAAAAUAUCGUUAGAUAUGAUGACGAAGGUGGGGGAGAGGAAGACACAGAAGCUUUCGACAUGGCUGCGCUGAGAAACCUCAAUGUCAUCCGAGACACCAAGACCCGGAGGGAUGUGACUCCAGAAAUUCAGUUCCUGAGUCGACCGACUUUUAAAAGCAUCCCAGAUAAUGUCAUUUUUAGGGAAUUUAUUUGGGAAAGACUGAAAGAAGCCGAUGUCGACCCCGGCGCUCCCCCCUACGAUUCUUUGCAGACGUACGCGUUUGAGGGCAACGGCUCCGUGGCUGAAUCUCUCAGCUCUUUAGAUUCCAUCAGCUCAAACUCUGAUCAGAACUAUGACUACCUGAGUGACUGGGGACCUCGUUUUAAACGACUUGCAGACAUGUAUGGGACUGGCCAAGAGAGUUUGUACUCAUAGCCUUGACACCUUAGUUUGAAAGGUACUGAAGAAAAAGUAACAACAACAACAAAAAAAAAACCACAGAAAAACAAACAACAAAAAAAUAAACAAAAAAACACACUUGUUUUCUGUUUUUACAGAAAACAAGAACUCCACUUGCUGGAGAAAAAUGGUUGUACAUAUUUCUUCGUUUUUAACUGUUUAGGUUUCUGCCUUGGUGAAGCAUAUCUUCAUUAGACUUACCCAAGGGAUUUCACUGACCACAGACUCUGAGCAUUUGAAGGUUUUUUGAUAAAAAGAAAUGCUUAGUGGUUUGUGAAUAGAUAGCAACUCUCAUAUACCUGCAAAGGCACCCAACCUCUAUGAGUAAGUAGUGCCCUGUGUUGUCAGUGAGUCAAGGAUGCCCUGUACAUACCUUUAUGGUACUGUCAGUAAGAGGAUUAGAACACGAUGUGCCAUUGAAAAAUCCUGGAACUUCUUGCAUAUAAAAACUUUGGACAAAUUUAAUUUACAGCAAUGCUUUUUAGCUUGCUAUAUUAUAGAAUCCAGCAGAAGUUUAUUGCUGUUGGUUAGCAAAAAUAUUUUAUUUAGCAAUAUACAAAUUCUCAGAAAAUCUUCCCUAUAUGAAAAUCCUUCAAUAAAAGCCAGUAAAAUUUGGUUAAAGGCAACAUAAACACUUGUUUAUCCAAUAAAUUAUAAAGUGUUCCAAAUAAGAAAAUGGUAAAUAAAUUUUAAAGUUUGCAAUAGUUUUGAGAUGCUUGUGUAGGUAUGACUUAAAGAAAAAGUUGCUGUCUAUUCGUUGAUCUUUAUUAUCUCUUCUGAUUUGUACAGGAGAAUAUCUUUUCUUUUUUAUUUGACACAUGGUGUUAUAUUUAUUUUGGAGCUCCAAUCUCCACUAAAUUCAGGUCCAUCUUACUGCCUCAUAGUAUUAAACUCAUCAGAACAUGCUGAUUUUUCUCCAGCCUGAGCUACAUGAAGGAAAUGAAGCAUGAAAAUGGAGAAAUAAUAGUAAAGCAAUUGAACCCUGUUGCAGUUCACAUCUCAAAGAGGAGCACAGCUACAAGGACAUAUAAAUUGUUCUUCUGAGCCAUUAGAAUGUCAAAACAUUGGAAUAAAAUAUUUGUAUUUUAGAAAGA